AUUGAAAUGUCUUCAAACCCUCGGAAUGUUAUUUUUGUGUGAUAAAAAUGAGCUGUGCAAAGUUUCAGCUCAUGACGAUAUCAUACAGGUAUGGAUUUCAUGUCUGUUUGAUUGUUUGUGCCAUCAGUUUCAUACUUUCAACGGAACAUUUUUGAAACGAGUGGAAACGAUGAAUGGAUAACAAGAGAUAACGAUGGAAAACGUCAGACUGAAGUGAACAAGCGUCAAAACCACAUCUGUUCGAUUGUCAUUGUCUCUGUUAAUCGCUUCUUCUUAUAAAUAACAAAAUAUUAUUUUUGUGAUAUUAUAAAAGUUUCGCCAUGAGUUAUCCACAAAAGAAGCCAAAAUUGUCACAGUCACAUAACCAAAGUCAUAAUGAAGAGCCGGUGGCAGGUCCAUCAAACGACGAAUCUCCGCCGAAAAUAUUCAAAUUGAACAUCGAUUGCUUUGACGAGAUAUUCGAAUAUUUGAACGUGAAAGAUUUGCAUUCAUUCGGUCAAACAUGCAAGCGAAUGAACAAAGUGGCCGGUGAAUAUUUCAAACAAAAUUAUUCAUCGGCUGAGAAAUUCUGCGAAGAAGAUGGAAUUCACACAGUUUAUUCGGACAAAGACGGUGUUAUAGAUGAACGCAUUCAAACAUCUGGUUUCCAUAAGUUCAUGCCGUGCAUUUCAAUUGACGUCGAUCCAUAUAAAUAUAUUAAUUCGCACAUCAGUGAAUUUGAAUCAACUAACCACAUUUUUCUUUCGGAUCUAUGUAUUAAUAACGAAACAGUUGAGCGUUUUAAAAAAUUGUUGCCUCAACUGGAAAUUCUUCAAAGCCGACAUUGUGCGAUGGAUGGUGACUUUUACGAUUUGAUACUGAAAUAUUGUAAGAAUUUGAGAAGGAUUUAUGUUCAAAAUUCGACUGUCGGUAAUCGCAUAAAUGGCGAAAUUAAGUGGUUGUUACAAAAAUAUCCUAAGCUUGAACGUUUAGAACUGAUACCUGCUGUAUCUUGUCGAAUUGAAGAGCUACGUGAAUUUUUCGUGCACAAUCCAAAUGCACAGAGAUUUUCAACUACCUCAGCAUUUUUGUGGCGCAACGCUGACACGUUUUUAAAUUCUAAAGCAAAGUUGGAUAUAUUGGAACUCAAAGAAUUUCAAUUUUAUACACCAUAUUACUCAUGUGGGAAGCAUACGUUGGAAACUCCUUUAGAAUUAUUAAAUCGACUCCAUGAACAAGGCUUCUAUAAACGACUAUACAUUUGCAUCCAUUGGGUUGACGAAGAGGAGAGCACUUCAUUUGCUUCACUCAACGGUCUUGAGCUAUUGUGCAUUAGCUCAUUCGAGAAGAGUUAUAAUUUAACUCAAUUGACCAAUCUGAGAGAAUUAAUUAUUUUUGAUGGAUCGAAUUCCAAGGAUAUGGAUAUUAUAGCAAAUGGCCUGACAAAACUCGAACGUCUUUACAUUAAAUGGGCCAGCAUCGAUGAAAUUAUGCCUUUCAUUCGUCGAUCACCGAAAUUGAACAAAAUCAAAUUCAUACCUGAAGACAGCGGUGUGGUUUUGAAUCUGGCAAUGUUGAAUGAGGAACGUGCCAAGUUGGCCGGAGCACGAAAAAUAAUAAUUUAUACGCGAGAUGAUGUCUUCUUGGCUACUAAAUGGACGACCAGAAACGGUGACACCAAUUUGAACUUCAUCGAAAUGAGACGAGCCGAUUCGUAUGAUUGGGAACCUUGCGUAUUACUUAAUGAAUUAGAUGUAUUUUUAUAACAAGAUUUAUUAAUAAUACUUAAUUGAUUUCAUGAACAAUAAUUCAAACGAUGCAUCUUUGACAUUGAGGAAAAAUUCAGCACAGUCAAAUUGAAGAUAAUCCACUUGGAAACUUUAGCCUAUAAAUGUACAGUUUUCAUUUAUAUGCGUAACAAUAUCUUCUUGGCUACGGCCGUCCUAAAAUAGUGACACCAAUUUCAGCUUCAUCGAAAUGUGACAAACAGAUCCGUAUGAUUGGGAUUAUUUUUCUUAAUUCUUUUUAUAAGUUUAGCAUAUUUAAAAUCUAGGGGGUUCCGACUUAAACGAAUGAUCCAUAUGCGAGCGAAUUUUUCCUAUAUAUUUUGCAAAUGUAAACGAAUGGUCGCAAAUGUUUCUUACAAAUUUUGCGAAUGGUGGCGGAUGUUUCAUACAAAUUUGCGGACGGUGUCGAAUGUUUCAUACACAUUUUGCGGAUGGCGCAUAUGAAAAGUCAUAUUUU